AUGCCCUCAUUGGAGAUGCAGUAUGACGAGUGGGUGCCGGAGACUGGGGAUGCUUACACAGAAAAGGGUAGCAUUACUGUUGGCUAUGAAGAUGCUCCAAAGAAACUGCACUACUUUCAGCUGUUUCGUUACGCAAAGAAAUGGGAACUGGCCUGUGUGAUUAUUGGCCUGCUGGCAAGCGCGGCCAAUGGGUUUUUAAUGCCUCUGAGCAUGCUCUUUUUUGCCAAUAUCGUGGACGAUCUUAUUGUUUCAAAGCCGGACCUCUUGAACGCCAUCCUUCCACAAGUGAAAAUCUACGCUAUCAUUGGAGGAGCUUCAUUAAUUCUGGGCUUUAUACAGGCAUACCUGCUGUUACUUGUAGCCGAACGUCAGUCCAAGCGACUGCGUCUGCUGUAUUUCAAAAGCGUACUACGACAAGACGUUGAAUGGCAUGAGAAGAAUGCGGUCGGCACUGUUAUUACCAGACUCAGUGACAGCAUCGACCAGAUCGAGGAGGGCACUGGGUCCCAUCUGACAAAUUUUCUGCGCGACAUGUUCCAGUUUCUGAUCGGUCUUAUUAUUGCCUUCACAAAGGGCUGGAAGCUGACCCUGGUCUCUGUGGCUCUGAUGCCCAUAAUCUCCCUCGUCUUUGCUGCUCUGGGCCUGUCUAUUCAACUCUUUGUAGGAAUUGAACAGAAGGCCUACAGCCGGGCCAGUAGCGUCGCUGCCGAGGUUCUGAGCGCCGUGCGUACAGUGUUGGCCUUUGGAGGCGAAGGCGAAGCCACCGAACGCUACGGACGUGAACUUUCCACCGCUCAGAGGGCGGGUGUUAAGAAAAGUAUGGCCAUUGGUGCAAGUGAGUUUGUUUUUGUCAGCUUCACUAAACGUUUAUGGCGGAAUUCCUUUUUGUCUUAG